GCUGUAUCGCCGCGUGGUUGCAUCUACCGCAUGAGCGAGGAAAAGUUAAGUGUGCUACGAGCACAACUCGACGACCUUCUGGAGAAAGGUUGGAUUUGGCCGAGCUCUUCGCCAUACGGCGCUCCCGUUCUCUUCGUCUGGAAGAAGAACAAGGACUUGCGGUUGUGCAUUGAUUAUCGCAAGCUCAACGCGCAAACCGUCAAGAACCCUGGCCCUCUUCCGCGCAUCGACGACGUUCUCGAACGACUGGGUGACACUAAAUUCCUCUCCAAGCCGGACCUCAAAUCGGGAUAUCACCAACUCGAGAUCAGGCAGGAGGAUCGCUACAAGACCGGGUUUAAGACGCGAUAUGGGCAUUUCGAAUGGAUGGUUAUGCCUUUUGCCCUUACGAAUGCCCCGACCACGUUCCAAGCGGCUAUGACAACGGAGUUCCGACACAUGCUGGAUAAAUCUGUACUCAUCUACCUCGACGAUAUCUUGGUGUACAACCGGAGUUUGGACGAGCAUGUGGAGCACUUGUGCACCAUUUUGGAAUGGUUACGACAAGCCAAGUACAAAACUAACCGCGAUAAAUGCGAAUUCGCGGGGCAAGAGCUCGAGUACUUGGGCCAUUUUGUGACGCCGCAAGGCAUCCGUUCGCUUGCGGACAAGAUUGAGGCCAUCCUCUCGCCAAACGUGCCAUUCGUAUUCGACUACGAAGCAAGCUGGUCAUUCCAAGCACUCAAGACGACCAUGCUCAUAGCACCCGUCCUUAGCAUCUACGACCCCACCUUGCCAACGAGAGUGACAACUAGCGCCUUCGACUAUGGUAUUGGGCCAGUCUUGGAACAACACGACGACGACGACUGCCAUCCCCUGGAGUACUUCAGCCACAAGGUGCCUCCCAUCAACUCACUUGAUGAUGCAAGGAAGAAGGAGCUGCUCGCGUUCGUGAUGGCUCUCAAACGAUGGUGGCACUUCCUCCUUGGGCGUGGUAGGUUCACAUGGAUCACAAAGAACAACCCAUUGACCUACUACAAGACGCAGGAUACGGUGAACAGCACUAUCGGACGAUGGAUGUACUUCAUCGACCAAUUUGACGUCACACCGAAACAUCUCGUCGGCCUCUCCAAUCGCGCAGCAGAUGCACUCUCGCGAAGACCCGAUCUUUGCGCUAUGACACAUCAUGCCUCCUCAUUCGAUGAGGAACUCCAGUGGCACUUCAUUCGGGGCUACGAGUCUGAUCCGGAUUUCGCCACGCUAUAUGCACAACUAUGUUUGGAUCACCCGCCGGCCAGCAACUAUCGCAUCGUCGAUGGGUACUUGCUUCUCCACUCGCGAGGCAAGGACUUGCUCUGCGUUCCACGAGACCGUCGUCUUCGGACUCGCCUUCUCGGCGAGUACCACGACUCGCGACUCGCCGCCCAUUUUUGAGUCAAUUAGACUAUCGCACGACUUCGACAACCACGACUCGCGACUCGCCGGCCAUUUUUGAGCCAAUCGGACUAUCGCACGACUUCGA